CUCGUUUCUUUUUCUUUUGGCUGCUCCUCUCUCUCUUUCUUCUUCCCCAAGAACCCUAAAUAUUUAGAUUUUUUUUUUUUAUAGAAAAAGGGCUUAAAUAUUUAGAUUUUUCUUAGAUGAUGUUGAUCGAAGAGAUAGAAAAGUCUGCUCAUCUGAUCCAUUGAAGGAGUUCACUUUCUCAUACCCAAAUGAAUCUGUUGCAGAGUGAGAAGAGAGGAGUUGAUGAAGAUUGGAUUACGACACUAUUGAGCUUAGAGUUCUUUGGGAUAUGUGUGAAUCAUAAGUAUCUUCGAAAGAACGAGAAGAAUGUCUUUUGCAUUGAUUGCAAUGUCGAAAUAUGCAGACAUUGUUGUAACACAGAACCUCACUUCCUCCAUCGUCGUCUUCAAAUUUGCAAAUACGUUUAUCAAGAUGUUCUGCGUCUCCUCGAUAUUCAACACUACUUUGAUUGCUCCGAGAUACAGACGUAUAAAAUAAAUGGAGAACAAGCUAUACAUUUGAAUUCGAGGCCACAAGCAAAAGAUGCAAGACCUUCAACAAAAUCCAAGAAUGCAGGUUCAUGCGUGACUUGUAAAAGAUAUAUUCAAGAUCGUCCUAAUCGAUUUUGCUCUAUCUCUUGCAAGAUUUCAGCUUCUCCAAAGAAGCACAAAUUUUGUUUCAAUCCAGAAACAAACCAAAGUGCUUUGAAGAAAGAACAUUAUAAUCGAGAAGAAAACUUAGAAGAGAAAAAAUCAUGCACAUCAUCACUCACCGAUGUUUCAGAAGAGUCCGAAGUUUUAUUGAGUAAUUUUACAUUGAGACCACUCAUGAGGAUACUCAAGAGAAAAGGAAUUUCUAGAAGAUCUCCUCUUAACUGAUUUUUUUAUGUGGAUUUGUUAUCAAAACCAUACAUUAUUUAUAUUUUCUAUUUAAGAAGAACUUAUUUUUAUAUUCUAUUUAAGAAGGAUGUUAUAUCGGGUUAUGUUUUAAAUAAAAACUUAUGAAAAGAAAUAACGAAUGUUUUGAGAUAA